CCACCCCCCCAUUCAGUGGAUACACCCUUUUCUAGUUCGGACCUCUAACCGUCGUGUCACGACUUUUGUAUUUAAAAAAGCGUAAAGAAACCUAACAAACAAUUCGUCUUACCUACGCCACUAAGUGAAUUUUGCUGUAACGCACAAGAGGUGACAGAUUUAUGCUCCAGCAUCUUCAAUAACUUUCCAGCUUUCCAGUGAAAUAAACGUGUGUUUUUGUGAGUGACUGAUAAGGUGCUUACUGUCCAUUAAGGCAGGAUAAAUAAACGGUGAACGUAAUAAAACUUAAAAGUGCUCUCAAGCGAAGAAGCGGUGAUACAUCUCGCACAGAUUUUUGGUUUGACAAAGUCCAAUUUCUUAUCGAUAGCAUCGUUGAAUCGCUGGAAAACAAACAGCAGAAAUCAACAGCAAACACAGCACCGUACGAAGAUGAACAUUCUGGUAAUAUCAUUUCUGGCCGUGGUGUCGCUGACAACCUUCCCGACCCAGACGUACUGUACGCCGGCCGCAUCCAGCAGUGGUACGCACGAUCCGAAGAAAUCGGUUGCCGCCGCCGAAGCCGCCCAGCCGGUCAACGAUAAUGGGCUGAAGGAGAUCUGGCAGGAGGACGACCGGGAGGUGCUGAUCCGUAACGAGCGGGGCACCAAGAACGGAGGCAGCGCAGCGGCCGGUAAGAAGAACCACAAGAAAGAGAAACUUUCCCCUUACAGCACGCAUCAGCGGCAUCAAGAUCAGCAGCAGCAGCAGCAGCUUCAGCAGCAGAAGCAGGACCAGCAGCAACUCGGUACCGGAAGCCGCAAAGGCCAGAAAAAGGUGAAACCGACCGAUGCGACCAGAUCUGAGCCGGCAGCGAACUCCCAGUGCCGCUACACCAAGGGACCGUGGACCGAAUGUGACGCUACCACCAACAAACGUUCCCGAACCCUUUCGCUGAAAAAGGGCGAAUCGUCCUGCGUCCAGACCCGUACCAUUGAGAAGAAAUGCAAAAAAGCCUGCCGUUACGACAAGGGAGCCUGGUCCGACUGUGACACCAACGGACAGAUGUCCCGCACGGACAGCCUGAAGCAGUCGAGCGAUACCACCUGCCAGACGACGAGAGUGGUCAACAAAAACUGCAACCAGGGCAAGUCCAAAGACAAACAGAACAAACCACCGAAGGCUGAGAAGAAGGAGAAAGGUGUCCGUAAAAAUCGCCAGUAAAUGCACAACUGCACAUGCCAUCACAAAUUCUACUUCUCAGUUUCUGAUCGAUGCAACGGCAACAGCAGCUGGGUUAAAAUGCUGAUCCUUUCUCCCACGGCCCAGGAAUCACAACAACAUCGGUUGCAUCUUCUUGGAUUAAAUUAAACAGUGUACGGAGCGUAAUCUUAAUGCAAGAUUUGCAUCCCCAUCAUUUGUCACUUACUUCACAUGUUUGCAAAUGCAAAAAAAGGUGUUUUAUGUUUUGUGCAAACUAAACUUCCUCCCGAUGGAGACGCAUUGUUUUCCACGCCACCGUACCUCGGUUUCCACUCCCUUCCCUCACUUUCUUCGUGGACGGAUCGAUGGGAUCGGUAGCGUUAUUUAUUAAGCAGAUUAAGCAGAGAACAUUAUCAUUCAUACAAACGGACAUACAAACACAAACAAACACACACAACGCUCGAACUCAACGGAAUACACAACAAAUAACAAAACUGCAUACAGCAUAGCAUUAGUGGCAAAAGAGUUUUACACGUAACGAUUAGUCGAUGGUGUGAAGAUUAUUAAGUAAUUGCAUUACAUACCGGUACGAUUCUCAGUGCCAAACGACAUAGUUUUCACAACAAAAAAACUUUUACUAGCGGCAACAAUGCGGGACACGAUCGACGCAACGUUUCGGAUGAUGUCUGUAAAGAUAAACAAAUAAAAACACGAAACAAAGAUGUUUAAACAUUCGAGCCCGAACAAAUGGAUUGGUGCUGCGUGGUAUACUGAGGGUUAUACUUUUAUUGUGAAAUAGAUUAAAGUUUGCCAUUUUCCAACCACUAUCCAGCGGGAGCGCUUAAGCAAACGAAAGCAGUAACAAAGUAAACAUUAAAAAAGGAAAGAAAUCAGCUCGGAAAAUGUGUCAAAACGCCCUGCCGAAAUGGUUCACAAUGAUCGAUAUCGGUUUGUAUGUGUGUGUGUAUGUGUAAGAAAACAAACCAGAAGUAAUGUAUUACAGAAGGAAAAGAAAACAUGACGAAACAAAUAAAAAAUUAAGCACCAGAAUAAUUCAAAUACAGACACAAUCAAACAAAUGUGUAACAUAGAAGAACGUAAAACAAAAGCAAAACAAGAAAGAAACAAACAGCACACAUCAAAGGAAAAGGAAACAAAAAUAGUAUAUACACAUAUAUACACAAUACAAGUAAAUUAGACGAACGAACAAUUUGCGCCAACUCCUUCGUAGUUCCUUGUAGCGAAAUGUAUCGACAUGAUGGAAUAUCCUUACAUACUUUCUUGGAAAUUGCAAAAUGAGAUGAUAAUUUUCAAUGCUUCUCUGUAAUGCAGACGAUACUGUGGUGGCGCUAAACACCGAAACAUUAAGUAUAAAAUGGACAGCGGAAUUACGCGCAGAAAUUAAAUAAGUUAUCCGUUUCUCUUUAACGCAUCCUAACCUUAAUAGAAAUAAACUAAACAUCGGCCGAAAUCUGUUGCCGCCGUUCCGUUGUAGACACACACGAAAAAAAACGUUUUUAAAAAGAAGCAAGAGAAGAUUGACAUAACAGAAAAAUCAAAUCCAUUUGCAUUGCAGCAUUGCAUCAGCAAACCGUAACCGUAAGGAAAUAAUACGUUUCCGUAGGCAACUCUCUUCAUGAAGUUGGUAUCAUUUUCCUUUCGUUUACACACAUGAUAGUACGAACAAGAGGAGAAACAGUGGUACCAUUCAUCUUUCUGCUGUUUGUUGAAAGUUUUACAUAGAUUUAACACACCGACAUUAAACACAAAUGCAUACACAUAAAUAUUAGGCGGAAGGUGAGCUAAACCAUGGCGCCAUUUUCCACGAAGAAGCAUCGAUCGAGAAUGGAACUGAGGAGAAGGUAAACGCAGAAAGGGAAUGAAACUGAUGCUGCAUGCGUCGACUUUCCAUCACUAAUCGCCGUAAGCUGCUGUGGUCUUGUACUAUCUUGUAUGUUUGAUGUUCUCAUCUCGAAAGUAAACCGAUUAUCGAUAGCAAGUUAAAAAAUAUUGUGCGUACGCGAACGGCCGAACGAACAAAUAAAAAAAAACAAAACCCAAACAAAGCGACGGUUUUAAUGGCGUCCAUCAGUCUAACAGCAAAAUGCAUUCACAGAAACAUUCGUAGUAUGGAAGUAAAAACAAAAAAACACCCGUUGAACGUUCAUUUGUUGCUGUUCCUUAAAAAAACAACAAGGAUAAUAAAAUGGAAAAUUUAAACAGGAAUGGAAACAACGGACAUAAUAAUAAGUGUUUUGUCAGUUGUAGAGAAAGCUCCUCAAUUAAAAUCAAUAAAACAAAACGAACAGAUUACACUACUAACGGAAAUAGCAAAAAAAAAUAAGAAAGAGCUGCAAAGUAAUAGAAACAUAAAAAAAUGAUGGAGAUGCAACAUUGGAAAACCAAAAACCAUAAACAGAAUGUAAAGGCCAAUAUAAAUUAGAUAAAUAUAUAUAUAUACAGACACACACACAUAUACACGUGAAAACACACACACAUUCACAGGCAGAUGGAAUAAAAAAAAGAAGAACAAAGAAAACAAUGGUCAGCUUCAACUGAAGAUGAUAAUCAGACGAUAGUACACACUUAACUAGGAAGCGGGAAAAAACAAGAAGAGGAACUUAUACAGAUAUUCUUAGUAUUUAACAAUUAAACAGUAAAACGAAGCAAACAGAAACAGUUCAAAAGGAAGGAAAAGUAUCCAAUUUUCAAAGCUAACUUUUUAACGAAUUGAGUGUUUGAUUUGUUUUGGUUUUUCUUUCAUGUUUCAAUGAAUCGCUUAAACUUUCGCAAAUGUACUAACGUUCGGUAAGGACUACAAUGUACCAUGUGUUUGGAAUUGGACAACUGAAGAGGUAACGUUUUAACGUUUGGUGAUUCAUGUUUCAUUCAUUACACUCGUAAAUUAGCAAGUAAACUGUGUGUGAUUUUUUUAACGAUCCUUUACAUUUUGGUAAACGUGUCCCGUUUACACAGCAGCAUCAUGCAAACUGUCGCGACAGCUCUUCAGUUAUUACGUUAAUCGGUUAUUCGAUAUUAUUGAUCUAAGCAGUAUAAAUUAUAUAGAAAACAAACAAACACAAAUACAAUAACUGUAGCAUAAACAAUAGAAACAAUAUUACACACAAAAACACACACACACACACGCAGAGAUCGAGCGAGUCGGCCAGCAGCAGCAGAAACAUGAAAAUUCAAAUAUCAAAUUUCUUAAUAAAACAUAUUCUUUUGUGAUAUGUUGUACAA